UGUGAUAAACUUAUUAAAUAGACCAAUGGAACAAGAACUGGACAUUUUUGGACCUUCAGCGCCUGCGCUUAUUCUCUGUUGCCAGUGCUCAACUCCAAUUCAGCCAAAUGCAGCUAACAUGUGUGUGAACUGCCUUAAGGUGCAGGCCAAUAUUGGGGAGGAGAUCUCGACCAACAACACGCUUGAGAUCUGUCAGAAGUGUACAAGGGUGUUGCAGCCUCCCAAUCAGUGGAUAAGUGCAGAAUUGGAAUCGAAACAGUUACUCGGAGUCUGUCUGAAAAGAAUCAAAGGUCUGAAAAAGAACCUCAGACUGGUAGAUGCUUCCUUCAUAUGGACUGAACCGCACUCAAAAAUGGUAAUGGUGAAGAUAGUCGUGGAAAAAGAAAUAGAAGUUGGAACUAUUCUGAGACAAAAUGUUGUGGUUAAUUUUGUCAUUCAAAACCACAUGUGUGAUGAUUGUCAUCGAUCUGAAGCUCAAGAUUUCUGGAAAGCGGUGGUACAAGUCCGACAAAAAACGACCCACAGAAAAACGUUCUACUAUUUGGAACAGCUCAUUCUUAGAUAUAAUCAACACUCAUUGUGUACUAAUGUUAAAACCGAAAGCGGAGGAGUCGAUUUUUUCUUUGCACGAGAACAAGAUGCGAGAAAGCUUCUCGAGUUUGUCCAACAAGUCGUCCCAUGUCGCUAUUCGGCGUCGAAGAAACUGAAGUCACACGACGCUUCCGAUAACUUCUACAAUUAUAAAUACAAUUUAAGUAUCGAAAUUGUACCAAUAUGUCGUGAAAACAUUGUUGCGUUGCCCAAAAAAUUAGCCCAAUCUUUGGGAAAUUUGUCACAGCUAUGUAUUUGCAUUCACGUGACAAAUUUGAUCACGCUCAUUGAUCCAUUCACCUUGCAUUUGGGCGAAGUUUCGGCUAAUGUGUUCUGGCGGGAACCAUUUUCGGCCAUUUGCGCACCAAGCCAACUGACCGAAUUUGUGAUAAUCGAAGUGGAAGUAACAGAUCACGCAAACAUGAAUCUAAGCAGUGGCGGUGUUGUUUCGAAUAGACACAUGCUAGCCGAUGUGUAUAUGAGCCGACAUAAUGAAAUUGGAAUCGCCCAAGUUCAUACGAGGACGCAUUUAGGUCAUCUACUUAGACCAGGCGAUACAGUGCUAGCGUUUGACUUUCGUUAUAGUAAUGUAAACCACGCGGUUCUUGAAACAAUGGAUGCUUCUAAGAUUCCAGAUGCGAUAAUAGUGAAGAAGAUAUACCCGAAUCGUGUUAAAAGAAACAGAGAGCGAAGAUGGAAAUUGAAGAAACUGGGAAUAACUCGCGAUUCCGUGUCGUGUAGUAAUGACAAUGACUACGCGGAGUUCAUGGAAGAUUUAGAAGAGGAUUCGGUUAUGAGGAGCAAAGUGAACAUCUACGCUGAUAAGAAGAAAUUAGGGAAAAAUGGGGGCGGUGCGAGUUCAAUGGACGUUGAUGGUCAAAAUAACCCGGAUGAAGAAUAUCCCCAGAUUUCGCUGGAAGAAAUGCUGGAAGAUCUGAACUUCGAGGAUUCUUCUUAGAUGCUUAAUAAAAAUCAAUAAAAUUGAGUGGGUAUGACUGAACAUGUUUGGAUAAAGGAAAGAAAUUACACUUAAUUUGAAAUUUAGU